UUUACAAUUAAAUUUCAAGUCUAUAUUACUAAUUAUAUACGCAUAAUCUACGGUUGUAGAAGUUUUUACUUAAGAAAUAGCUUUAUUAUUCUACAGAUUUAUCUUUUAUACUCAGCUAAUACUUAAAUGAUAAUUGAAUCUAAAAAAAAUAAAAACUAGUAUUAUUAUAUUUGCAGAUAAAAAUGUCAUUUUUAUAUGUUAUAAUACCGUUUGCUUUGGUAAACGUUUUUGUAGCUGCAGUAGAUCGAUACACUACGGAGGUUUUCAGAGCAAACCUACAUUUGAAGCAGGCGAAAGAUCAAUUGCCGGCAGUGAUUAAAGCCAUUGUUAUCGAAGAUUUUCUGAUAAAGGAUGUAAGUUUUAUGUUAGCAUCACCGGAUAACGAAGAAGAACACGUAGACUUAAAAUAUGAUAAAAUUGUGUACCAGAUUUUUUUGCAAGAUAUAAUAACACGUACAACGGGUAUACCUGCGAUAACUGUUUUAAACGACGAGAUGAAAAACCAAUUAGAAGAAGCUAACCUGAGAGAUUUGGCAAUAGCAAGAAGAAAAUUAAUUAUUGAACCUGUAAAACAUUUAAUCCGUUCCAUAAUAAGAGGACAAUUUAGAGAGGAGUUUGCAGACUUUGUCGAUGUGUGUCGUUUAAUAGGAGUGUUAAAGGCUAUUGAACACCCAACUUCAGCCAUAGAAUGGUCUGACUUCUUUGAAGAAACUAACGGAAGAUGUAUUAUAUCUUAUUUCGACCAUAAAAUAUACUUUUACAAAACAAUUGAAAACGAGAUUUGGGAAGUCGAUAGAGAAGAUAAUCAACUUCAUCUACUCGCUGAUCAAGUAAACUAAAAUUGACCAGAAGCUAUAAGGAUAACUUAUUUUAUGGUACUAUAUUAUUGUUAUAUAUAAAUCAUUUUUGCACAUCUUUUAAUAUCAAAAUUGUAAAUAAAUUUAAUGUCUACUAAAAUAAACAGUUUUAAU